AUGGCGCACAAACCGCUCAGCGACAAGGACGCCUCACAGAAAUCUCUUGAUGAUGAAAGGACUCCUACCUUGACUCUGGUGGGAACUCGCUCUAUUGAUACAGAGUCUGAUGUGGAUUUCUCGCUGGCAACAAAAAGGAAUCAAAAAAAUUUCAUGCUGGACAUUCGGUGGGUGUGGAAAGCUGACAUGCACAGAGCUUGGGACCCCAAAACAGAGAAUCGCUGA